UCCACACUGAGACGUCACAUAAGAGGACUUCAUCAGGACCAACAACAUGGAGCUGUUCACCAAAACUCUGUUUCUGUGCUUAGCACUUGCCCUUGCUAAUGGAGCACCUACGCACCAUCACGAUUCAGCUGAAGCUGGAGUAGCCCAUGCUGCUUUGCCAGACCGGUGUGACGGUAUUGAGUUUGAUGCCGUCACUCUUGACGAGAAUGGAGUCACUUUCUUCUUUAAAGGUGACCACAUGUGGAGGGGUUUCCGUGGACCAGCUCACCUCUCCAGUGAGUCCUUCCAUCACAUCAGCCACGUUGACGCUGCCUUCCGCAUGCACAAUACAGAGCACCCAGAAGACCAUGAUCACAUCUAUUUCUUUGUGGAUGACAAGGUGUUCAAGUAUUAUAACCACACUCUGGAGGAUGGGUAUCCAAAACCGAUUCAUGAGGACUUCCCAGGAGUCCCCACUCACCUGGAUGCUGCUGUGGAGUGUGCCGAGGGAGAGUGCAACACAGACUUGGUUCUGUUCUUUAAGGGACAUGAUGUGCAUGUUUUUGAUGUUAAGGCAAAGACAGUAAAGACCAAGACUUGGUCCCACCUGCCUGCCUGCACUUCUGUUUUGCACUGGCUGGAGGGCUACUACUGUUUCCAUGGACACAACUUCACCAGGUUCAACCCGAUGACCGGAGUGGUGACCGGUGCCUACCCAAAAGACGCCCGCAAAUACUUCAUGAGCUGCCCCAACUUCAAUCAUGGAGGUCAUUACGAAGUCCCUAAAUGCAGUGAGGUCAAAUUAGAUGCCAUCACCACCGAUGAUGAAGGCAAAACAUAUCUUUUUGCAGGUCAUAUCUACAUGCGCCUGGACACCCAUCGUGACGGCUUUCAUGCCUUCCCAAUCACCAGAGCAUGGGAACAAGUGACCCACGGCGUGGAUGCUGUCUUCUCCUACUCUGACAAAACGUACAUGAUUAAGGAUGAUCAGGUUUAUAUUUAUAAAGCAGGUGUUCCCCACACCCUGAUUGAAGGCUAUCCUAAAACCCUGAAGGAGGAGCUUGGCAUUGAAGGACAUGUGGAUGCUGCCUUUGUCUGUCCCAAUCACCACACGGUCCAUAUAGUCCAAAAACAUAAGAUGCUUGACGUCGACCUUACUGCCACGCCCAGGGUGGUGACCCAAGAUUUGCCCUUGCCCUUGUUUGACAUCGAUGCUGGUCUGUGUGGUCCUCAAGGAGUUCAACUUUUCAAGGGCUCGCACUAUUACCACUAUGACUCCAUCAUAUUGCUGGCUGGCAGCAGAAUAGUCCCUGAGGCUCAUAAUAUCACUUCAAAAAUGAUGGGGUGUCAGGAAUAGGACUCAGGGAUGAGAGAAUAUUACACAGUAAUCUGUUUAUCAGUGCCCCCCUAACAAUACAGAGAGACAGUGUUUGCAUCUAAUGCUUCACUCCCUUUGGUGAAUAAAAAUUAGAAAAGAAAACUGCAUACUGGAGUGUAAAUUAAUCUGUCAGUUUCAGUGAUUAUUAUGACAACAAUUUUAUGAUAUUUUUACUAUAAAGGACCAUUUAUUAUGGGUGUGUUAUUUUUGGUUUGCAGAUUUUAAAAUGAGGCUCAUCAAAAACCAUUUUGAGGAGCACAAUCCAAGGUAAACUUACUAAGUAAUGUCAGAGUUUGGCCACUAGAGGACCUACUGUUCAAAUGAAUGUGUUACACUAGAAAUAAUGAGAGAAUCAGAUUCACUGUUAACCGAAAAUAGCUGCUGCAACAAGGUCCAAAUGCAGACAUAUAUCGAAUGUUUAUACAGCUAAACGAACAGAGGAAACAGUCGUUUUUGCCUAAGCACCAACACAUCGUAUCUUGAGCACAGGAGGCCAUGAUGUAUUAUAAUUUCAAAAUGAGUGACUGACAGAGUUAAAUGAAAAAAAAAAAACUCAGGAGAAAUAUGAUUAUGAAAGGAAAAUGUGAUCCCAUUUGAUAAAAUACAUUUUAGAAUCUCCUGACAGGAGCACAGACAGUGAGUAAGGCUCCCAGCCUAUAUUUUACAUUUACUACGUGAUGAGGAGAAGCCUGCCUUGAACUGGCUGCAACGACUCUGAGAUAAAUGAGCCCUAUUAUAAGUUCCAUGGCCCGGGUCCUGUUGCAGACACUUAAAGAGGUCGAGUUCAUCCAGGAAACCCCCCACAUCCCUCUUGGUAUUGAGCUCAUUUUCCCCACACCUUUCUCAAGUGCUCAGCACUGGCAGUCAUUAGAGUAGGUCCGUCAAAAAGAUCUCACAGACAAAGUACCCGUUUUUACCAAGGAUGUCUGUGCCCUAAUGGGACACUUCCCCCAAUGUCACACCAAAGGGCACACAAGUGGUCAAAAUGGCUCUUUUGCAAGCCAAGUGUCUCUGUGGUCAGCCCAAAUGCUCCUGUGGUUAGCUUAACUGCUACUCUAGUGUGAGACAGUUUGAUUGUUGUACAAAGCUACAAGAAACUGACAGUCAAGGAAAUAACGCAUAUAUAGUAUCAUCUUCACAUGCAGAUAAUAUGUUUUCUUGCAUAUAUGCCAUUUCUUUAAAAAAAAAAACCUAAUAAUUUCAUAUAGAGGUAUAGUCCUGUAUCUCACAUGCCCCUCGACCCCUGAGAAGACAAAGUGUGGAAUGGAUGCCCUGCCAGCAAAAAGGACCAAUUGGGAGUUGGCUGUGCAUAUUAUGAUAUAAUCUGAAUGUCAAAAUGGUGUUAGCUCAUUGAUAUCUUUGGUUUAGCAGGCAAUUUAAUUAUCAUUCAGGCACAUAAGCUUAAAAUGUGCACACAGUGGCCUCGGUUAUUUAAUGGAGUUUUAAUAUUCACAUACCAAGAUUCUUACUUUUAUUGGAAAUACAGGUGCUUUUUUUCCUCACCAAAUACCACACGUAUUCAGUUAUUCAUGUCUCUGUCCCCCCAAUAUAUUUGGUUGUCAGUGAUUUCAAGCAACACGUUGCCGGUGUACGUGCAAGCUCAGUAAAAGGUCUCCGUGCAGGUGCAAAGCUCUACAACGAUGGCCUCACUUUUGAGAAAUUGCUAGUGGCCAAAGCUUUAUUUCCCGCAAGAAAGAGGCCAGAUAAAACAUUAAAGGCUUCACUGUCAUGCAGUCAUUUCAACUCAGAGUGAAACACUUGUCCAGCUGAGCCACCAGAGAAUCCCAGACAGAUUUGCUGCCAAUGAAUACAGAACAUAUUUCCAGAUGUUCUCAGCCACAAAAUAUAGUCAAACACCUCCAUGUUCCCAUUUAAUGAAUUGGAGUGUUACUGGUAUCUUGUUUCCUAUUUAAUCUUCUUCAGUUUAAUACUCAUUUUCUGAUAUGCAACCAAUCCUGCAUUUAGUCUAAGGUUGCAUUGCUUUACUGGUACCUUUUAAUGGUUAUUGUCUACUUUUCCGUCAGACAGUGUGCUGGGUCUUUAUAUUCUGUCUAAAUGUAAAAAAAAAAAA